GCGGACAGGCGUUCCGGAUACGCACAUGGAAAGACCUAUAUAUGCGCGUCGUUAGCCGAUAUGACGUAACAUCCACGUCACCUGGCGGACGCGCAGUGCUUCUGUAGCAGCCAGGGAAAGCAGUAUACGAGCACUGCUUGAAAGUUCACUGAGUAAGUGUAGCGUAUGUGCUAUAUCGCGUUCUGUGCGUACCACUGUGUUCGCGAAUGACUUCUCAGAUGUAUCGUCGGCGUGCAGUAACAAAGGCACCCACGGAAGGCCUGGGCUACAACUGGUUGCUGCGCUGCGCCGCGCUUCUGUCCUACACGUGGGUCGUUGUCGCACACGUCGACUCAACGUUCCAGCACCUCCCUAAGCCUUCUAGCGCGGCGGCGGCUGAACUACACAACAAAUGGUCUGCAGCGGAGGUGGUUCGAGAUCUAGAGCACAUUAAACAAGAUGUGGCGAAACUGCUUCAUCUUCAGAGCACCGGAGAGCUGUCCCAGGAUGAAGUGUACUUUUAUUAUUUCAGGAUGCACGAUUUCGACGAAAACAAUUUGCUGGACGGCCACGAGUUGAAGGUCGCCAUGCUGCACACCAUCGCCCACCAUCCUGGCGGCCAGACCUCCGUGCCCGAAGAAGCGAUCGCAAGUGAGUGUACAAGCGUGACCUUCAAGAUAUGUGCCCAGCAAAUCUCGGAGGCAACAGUUACGUGGACGCCGCCUUGAAGUCGGAUGUAAACCAAGAUGGCUUCAUCUCAUACCCGGAAAUCAGGGCAGCCAUGUAGUCAUAUGGGCAAACUGUUCACUAAUAAACCGAAGCAUCGUCAUUCACCUGCAAGGUCAAUAAAUACUCAGUUUAAACUCCGUAA